AUGGUGAAGCUUUUUGCGGCGGUCGUUGGCGAAACCGGCGCAUUUGAGGUGAACAUCGACGAGCAUGAGUCGGUUUCCGCAUUGAAGACCGUGAUCGCGGGGUUGCUGAAGUACGAGGGGCGAGCCGACCUGCUGCAGCUCUUCCUGACGAAAGAAGUCAAAGAUGGCCCGUCGUGGCUGCUGACUGAACAAGAUGUGAAGAAU